GAGAUCCUCCCCAAAAUAGGCUCCCUGUGCCUCGACAACACAAUCAAAAACGGGCUGACACUAGGCUGCCGACCGUGGACCGAGAACAGAAGAGCACAUUUCAUCCCAAAUAUAAUACGAGGAGUUCGUUUGAAACGUCUCACUUGACCUGCGGAGGCUACACUAUGGAGAUCCAGAGCGUGGAAUAGAGACGGACGGAGUCUAUCACAUCUAAACCGAUGAUGAGCGGGGUUACCUCUGCCACAGGCUCGGCUUCGUGCCGCUUCGCCCAGCACUUCGUGGUGUGUGGAUUGGAUACGGAGACUGGUCUAGAACCCGAAGAAUUAGCUGGUGAGAGCUUUGAGCAGAGCCCCAUCCGGAGGUCCUUCAGGUCCAAGGUUCUGGCCCACUACCCUGAGAGCACAGACAGGAGUCCCUUCAACAGAGAUGCAGUCAACAUGCUCUGCAUGCCAAGAGGCUUGUCAUUCCGUAGUCAGACAGACAGGCGCGACUCCCGCUUCCACUCCUUCACGGUCGCUCGGGAUGACGGCACACACUCCUACGGCUUUGUGCACAUGUACUACGAGGAGGUGACGAGCGCCCAGAUCACCGCGGCGAUGCAGACCCUCCAUCAGAUGCACCACGUCGAGCAUCACUCCACCUCUUCUUCAUCCCGCUCUACCUCCUCCGCCUCCUCCCCCUCCACAUCCAGCAUGGACUCUCUGGUGAGCAGCCUGGACGAGUCGGAUGCUGCUUCCCUGGUAGAGCGUCCCCUGUUGGCUUGUUUGGGCUGCACAGUGGGUUCCUUCCAGCCGGCCCGGGACACCCUGUAUGUCUCCAAGGCCCUCUGCCUCCUGACGCCCCUCCCCUUUCUCCUCGCCGCCCGCCAUUUCCUGUCCCAGCUGCACCAGGCGGUGACAUCGCACGCCGCCCCGCCGCUGCCCCUAGAGAGCUACAUCCACAACAUCCUGUAUGAGGUGCCCGCGCCGCCACCUGGUCGGUCGCUCCGGUUCCACGGGGUCCAGGGGCCCAUCGUGUGCCAGCAGCCCGGCCCAGAGGAGCUCCCGCUGGGGGACUACCCACUGGGAGAGGCCUUCUCUCUGCUGGGGGUGGAGAACCUGGUGAGACUGCUUACCUCUGUGCUGCUGGAGACCCAGAUCCUGCUUUACUCACAAGACUACCAGCGGUUGAUGACUGUGGCAGAGGGCAUCACCACCCUGCUGUUUCCGUUCCAGUGGCAGCAUAUCUACCUGCCCCUCCUGCCCGCUCCCCUGCACCACCUCCUGGAUGCACCAGUGCCCUUCCUCAUGGGCAUCCAGAGGAGGGACGGCGCCCAACGCUCCACUCUGGAGCUGUCCAAUGAGUCCAAUCUGUGCUUCGUGGACAUUGACAAUCACCGUGUGGAUCCACCCGAGGACCUGCCCCUCUUCCCAGACCAGCUGGAGCUCAUCCAGGAAGUGAACGAGGUGCUGCUGCGCUUUGGCCUCCAGCCAUACGGGGGCUCUACAACCACCAAGCCCGCCCCUGCCGCUCCCCCCUGCCUCAGCAGCCUCGUCCUGGAGGACCUGAUGGAAGACCGGCGCAACGGGAACCUGGGAGGGGAGGAGUUGGCCGUGCUGGAACGACUGCAGGCACUGGCCAGGAGGUGUGGAGGAGGGGGGAUGGCGGGAGGGAAGACGCUGGGACGGGCGUUUGAGGAGGAAGAGGAGGAGCUGAAGGCAGCCAAGAUGAACGUGCAGCUGAGGGAGGUGUUCGCGGGGCGUUUCACCUCCAUGUUCGGGAGGUACGAAGAGUUUGUGAUCCACAGCGCUUCCGACCUGGAGUCCUGGCUGGGCAACCGUGAGGGAACGAGCAACUUUGAUAAGGGCUCUUUCCUGUCGGCGCAGCCCACCACACACCUACACUUCCUGUCUCGGUUCCUGGAGACGGCCAUGUUUUCAUCGUUCGUAGACAGCAAGGUGUUGUCUCGCUGGGCAGACCAGGAGCCACUGCAGCGUGUGUUCGACAGGCGCUUGGAGAGGGAGCGCCUCUACAACACGUUGGAGGACGAUCCUGGUAACCGGCUCUACAGGAAGUGCACAGUGCUCCAUGAGUCAGUCCAGGCCAUGGAGCGCAGGCUGCUUAAGGCUGACCACACGGCCAUCCACCCCCACCUGUUGGACAUGAGGAUUGGCCAGGGCCGACACCAACAGGGCUGCUUCCCCAGGCUACAGGCUGAUGUAUUGGCACAGGGACACCACACCAACAAGUGGUCAAGUCGUUACAUCCCUAAGAGACCAGUGACAACUGAGACCACCUCAGGACUGGACAAUGACCAGAGAGAGAAGUUCUCUCCGGGGAGGAUCCUAUGCCAGUCUAAGCUGCUUGACCCCUCCCCCUCAGCUGUCACUCAAACCCAGCGUGGGUUCGUGGAGGGGCUGCUGAGGGAGUGUCGUGUGAAGACCAGGCAUAUGCUGAUGGAAAGGAUGGGGAAGGAGAGUGUGGAGCUGGGGCAGGGCGAGGCCAAUAUUACAGGCCUGCAGGAGAACAGACUGAUCCACAGCCUCUGUGACCUGCUGGAGAGGACCUGGGGCCACGGGCUACAGCUCAAACAGGGGAGGUCGGCUCUGUGGUCCCACCUGCUCCACUACCAGGCCAACGAGGAGAAGAUGGAGUCACCUUCAAAUGCCGAAUGUCCAGUGUCCAAUGGGUCGGACAGCAGGAGGCUGGAGGAGGGGCUUCCACCGCCGAAGGGCUCCUUUGUACAGGAUAUGAGGUUUGUCCAGACCAUGAGUGGGGAUCUCGGUGAAGUGGGUCAGGCCCGGGCCUGGAUUCAUCUGGCCUUGGAGAAGAAACUGCUCUCACAACACCUCAAACUGCUGCUGGCCAACCAUGACCUGAUUAGGCAGCUGUAUAAACCUUAUGCAUUCCUGCUGUGUGAGGAGGAGAGGGAGCAGUUUCUGUUCCACCUGCUGUCGCUCAACACUGUAGACUACCUCUGCUUCACACGCAAAUUCACCUCCAUCAGCAUUCCGUACCGUGUUGUCAUAACGCCCAUGAAGAAGCUGAGCAUUGCCAUGACAAUGUCCAACCCCUGGGUGUGUGUUUCUGGCGAGCUGGGUGACUCCGGGGUCAGACAGAUUCCCAAGAACACACAGGAGAUCAUCUUCCAGUGUCAGAACCUGGGCAGACUGAGCACCCUGCAGUUGGGCCAGGAGAACUCUGGCCUGCUGGCAAAGUGUCUGGUGGACUGUGUGAUUGUGCACAAUGAGAUCACUGGACACACCUACAGGUUCCCAUGCGGCCGAUGGCUGGGGAAGGGUGUGGGCGACGGAAGCCUGGAGAGGGUGCUGAUUGGUCAGCUGGUGUCGCCCGGAGGAGAGGAGGAUUCUGGGAGGUGGACGGGGACUCCCCCAGAGCAGGGCUCGCCCCCACAGAGCGGACGCACGGGGAGUCUGGGGUCUCUGAGCCGCAGCAACAAGCUCUCCUCUGCUCAGGUGCAGGAGGAUACGAGGGAGGCAGUGAACAACCUUGUCAAGCACUUCCACAAAGCAGAGCAGGAGAGGGGGAACCUGACUGCUCUGCUCUGUGGAGAGGGGGGGCUGGUGCGCUCCCUGGAACAGUUCCUCCUCCACGGCUUUAAGUCCUCGCGCCUAUUUCAAAGGAGUGUGUUCAUAUGGGACUUUGUGGAGAAAGUGGUGGUUUCCAUGGAGACUGCGGAUCAGAUGGGUGACUUGCGUGAAUCAACAGAACUAUGUGACUCGCUGUGUCACUAUGCCAACGCCAUCAACGCUUCACCACGGAACAUCGGAAAGGAGGGCAAGUUCCAGCUGCUGGUCUGCCUGGGAGUCAGGGACCGGCUGCUGCCCCAGUGGCUCCACCUAUUGGCCGAGUGCCACCUGACGGCUGUUCAAUACGAGAAGUCAGCGCUGGUCCGGGAUCGUGCCGCCGUCCACACUCUCUCCCGUGUCCUCCACACCCUCCACGAGUUCCCCAUCGCCCUGGAGACCGCCCUGGUCAAAGGGGUGGACCUCUAACCCCACCGGCGCUGAGGACAUUGAAAUGGUAUUUUAACCCCUAUCCACAGACUGCGCAACGCACACAGGGUGGCUGGGCCUCAAUAGUGUCGUGACUGCCUCUCCAUGUGUCCUCUCCUUCAGUUCCACACCGAUCAUGACCGGUGUAAGUAAGAAGUGUUACACAAGCCCAUCAUUGGGUCAUCACUUCAAUCCUGUCAGAUCUAGUGAGGGAGAGGACACGAGGACAGGAAGUCACUUUAGACAAUUGAGAUGCAGCCAGCAGAGCCUGCCUGGUCAGAACUGGACAGCUGAACUCUCACGACAAGAGAGGAAGUGACCAUGGGAGACCUUUUUGGGGUGCAAGUCUAUGAGGGGAUGGAACACCGAAGACAAGCCACUGACCUGGCAGCUUCUGCAGGCCUAUUGCCUCAUUCGCUGACACAUAUGUCAUAUCCAUUGAAGUCACACUGACCAUACAUACGUACAUACGUACAUACAUACAUACGUACAUACAUACAUGCGUACAUACAUACGUACAUACAUACGUACAUACAUACGUACAUACAUACAUACAUACAUACAUACGUACAUACAUACGUACAUACAUACAUACGUACAUACAUACAUACAUACAUACAUACAUACAUACGUACAUACGUACAUACAUACAUACAUACAUACAUACAUACAUACAUACAUACAUACAUACAUACAUACAUACAUACAUACAUACAUACAUACAUACAUACAUACAUACAUACAUACAUACAUACAUACAUACAUACAUACAUACAUACAUACAUACGUACGUGUAACUUUAAUUUUCAUCCCCUCAAGUUUUAUUAUUGGAAUGUGAUACAAGCGAGUUGGCUGUUUGGCGUGUUUAUCUGAAUGGAUAAAUAUAUAUAAUAACUGUUGCCCUCACUUCUAAAACGAAAGUUGCGCCCCUACGUACGUACAGGAAACGGUGUUGCGUUUCUUAUUUUCCUCAUUUACACUGUGAUCGGUCUCUUGGAGUGAGGCGGAGUGAUUCCCUUAACCAACCAGCUUUGAUGUCUCAGCUCACACUGUGAAGGGCAAGGGGGGAAAAAAAAGAGUUGUGAUGAACUUUGACUCCACCUACCUGUCCUGCCCCUACUUAACCCAAGUCGUAUUGCUGUUAUGCUUGCCCUUGGCAUAUAAACCUGACAUGCAUGUCCAUAUCAGGGGUGUAUUCACUAUGAACCAAACAGCUCGAAACGAGGAGGGACUAAACUGAACGCUCGUUAUGUUUUGCAACGGUUCGCACCAGUGUGCCCUAAUGAAUACACCCAAUGUUUUUCCUUUCUCUCAGUGAUUGUCAGUCUCUAGCUACAGUUAUUCUGCUGCCCGAUUGUCUGCUGUAUUAUUAUGGUAUGGACAUUGUGAAUGGAUUAUUUCUAAUCUAAAAAAAUAAUGGAGAUUAAAGAUAGUUACUCUGCUCAAACUGGUGUAUAUUUUUGUUCGCCAACACUAGAUAAUAACUUUCCCGAAUGAACCAUCAUAAAUGCUUUA